AAUAUAAAGUUUUUGGUCGAGAGGAAGAUAUGGAGAAGAUUGUUGGAUGGUUGCUAUCAGACAAAACUCAAUGUCCCAGUGACAAUGACAAUAAGUUCUUAGUGCUACCCAUAGUCGGCAUGGGUGGAGUUGGGAAGACGACCCUUGCUCAACUUGUUUAUAAUGAUGUGAAAUUUAAGAAGCAUUUUCAUUUGAAAGCUUGGGUCUGUGUAUCAGAGGAUUUUGAUGUGGUGAGGUUAACCAAAGAAAUUCUCGAGUCAAUCACUAGGUCAUCCCCUCCUCCUAAUUCACUAGACCUACUACAGGUGAAACUUCAAGAAGCAUUAAGGGAGAAAAGAUUCUUAUUGGUCUUGGAUGACAUGUGGAAUGAGAACUACGAGAGAUGGGAUGCCUUCAGCACCGCUUUUGCAUUCGGUACACCAGGAAGCAAGAUAUUGGUUACAACAUGGAACAAAGGUGAUGCAUCAAUUGUACGCACUGUUCCGAACGAUCAUUGUCUAAAAGUUCUGUUAGACGAGGCUUGUUUUGCAUUGCUUAGAAGGCAUGCUUUCAUGGAAGAAAAUACCUCUAAUAUAAAUAAAAAGAUGGAAUUAUUUGGGCAAGAAAUUGUGAAGAAAUGUAAGGGUUUACCUUUGGCAGUAAAGACACUUGCUAGCCUCUUGCGGGAUAAAAGAGAGAGUAAUCAAUGGAAAGCUAUUUUGGAGAAUGAAAUACAGGAUUUAAGAGAGUGA